AAAUUGGGGUGAUAUAGGCUAGUUUAGGAGUAGGACCCACGAGAAUCAGGGAAACUGGAAUGCUAUCUUAUCCUGGAUAACAUUCCAACCACCUACUUCACUCCCUUCUUCACACUACAGCCCCAUCACAAACCAAAAUGGCGUUCUCAUCAUCCUUAUGGUCUUCUCUCUUCGUUCCAAAUCCAAACAGAACCAGCGUUUUCCCUCCAUUUUCCCCCACCAAUCACAAACCACAUAAACUCCCUCUCUCAACCGCAUUCGCCAUCCCUCCACUCUCAACCGCCACCGCCGCAGACGUCUCCGGCGCCAUCGACGGAACCACCAUCGCGGUCGUAAGCGGGGGCUUCGUGGCGGCAGCGGCGGCGGUGCUCUCUCUGACGGACCCGGAGAGGCGGCGGCAGAUGCAGGCGGAGGAGGUGGGCGGGGGCGACAAGGAGGUGGUGAGGGAGUACUUCAACAACUCGGGGUUCCAGCGGUGGAAGAAAAUUUACGGCGACACUGAUGACGUGAACCGUGUUCAGCGAGACAUUAGGUUGGGGCAUUCGAAGACGGUGGAGAACGUGCUGAAGAUGUUGAAGGACGAAGGGUCGCUUGAUGGCGUUACGGUUUGUGACGCUGGGUGUGGCACCGGUUCUCUCUCUAUUCCACUAGCCAAAGCGGGCGCUGUUGUUUCCGCCAGUGAUAUCUCUGCGGCCAUGGUUGCUGAAGCUGAGAAACAGGCAAAGGAGCAGCUUGUAGCGAGUGAAAAUGGAGCUGUGCCUGUGAUGCCAAAGUUUGUAGUGAAGGAUUUGGAGAGCUUGGAUGGCAAGUAUGACACAGUGGUUUGCCUUGAUGUUUUGAUUCAUUACCCUCAAAGUAAAGCGGAUGGGAUGAUUGCCCAUCUUGCAUCAUUGGCCAACAACCGAUUGAUUCUGAGUUUUGCCCCUAAGACAUUUUAUUAUGAUCUGCUAAAGAGGGUUGGAGAGUUGUUCCCUGGGCCUUCAAAGGCUACAAGGGCAUAUCUUCACUCUGAGGCAGAUGUAGAGAGGGCAUUGCGAAAGGUUGGUUGGACGAUAAGGAAGAGAGGCUUAAUCACUACUCAAUUUUACUUUGCUAGGCUAAUUGAGGCUGUUCCUAUGUAGUGUGGAUUGGGAGGUAAGUUUUGUAUAAUUAGAGGAAAUUCUUAGUGUAAAUUGUAAGGCCUUUUAUUUCGUGAUUUUGUAUGCUAUGAUUCUCCGCAUAUAAUUCUAUUAUGUAUAUUUCUUCAUAGUGUAGAAGAUGCUGAUGAAUUGAGGCUAUAUUUUCUGGGGGAGUUGUUUAUAAUAAAUUUGUAUGGUAGGCAGUUACCAGUCCAUUGUGUUGACGGAGUAGAAGCGAGCUCCCUUCAUGUUGUUCCGAAAUUUACAAUGGUUAUUAGUGAAGAGAAGUAGUUAGUUCUUGUAUUGCCUUUUUGUUAUAAUAUAUAACAAAAAAAUUUGGUUUCAGGCAUGUAAGGUGAUUAACAAUAUUCUGAAAAAAACAAUGCAGAUAACAAUCAUUCUGACACUUUAGUUUCUCUAUUG